AUGAGGAAAGACAAAUCCGGAAAAGGCGGGACUAUUAUUAAUAUAGCGUCUAUUUAUGGAUAUAGAGUUGACCAAUACGUGCCGGUAUAUCAGGCAUCAAAGUUCGCUGUAAUGGGUUUUACAAAAUCACUUGGCAAUAUUGAAAAUUUUAACGAAUUCGGAGUUCGAGUGGUGGCAAUUUGUCCCGGAUUCACGGAAACGAGACUGGUUGUUGAUCCAAAAACGGUGAUAAAAGAUACCAAAUUCAAAGAAUUCACUAAAAAGCAAGCGUGGCAAACAGUUGAAGCGGUCGGAAUUGCAGCAGUUGAGGUAUUUGAAACAGCUGGUAGUGGUACUGCAUGGUUAAUUGAAGGAGCAAAACAGAUUGAGCAAAUAUUAUAG